AUGGCAAACCAGCGUGUGGUUGUGACCUACGCCGCUGCCCAGUCCUUCCAGUCCUCCGACAACUGGAUACAUUUUUUGGCAGCCUUGCGUUCCCUCUUACCACUGCGCAACCUUCAUUGGAAACCAACCUCCCGUCCGAACUUGAGAACUGUUCAGGAGCUUGACGUUUCUCUGGUUCCCCUCGACUCGCUUCGCGAUGAGCAUACUUCUCAAGUACCUGUCACUCUGCUUGAGAAACCCCUCCUGAACUUGUAUGUGCUGUCCUGUGAGGAUGCAGAGACAUACAAGACCACCGUGAAGAAGCAGAUAAAGGAUUGGCAGACUUCCGUCAACCAACGUAAGAAUCAGGAAUGGCUCAUUAUUCACGUCGUACGCCCGGAUAGUAAAAACGUAGACCGCAAGUUUUUCAGCAUGAAAGGAUCGGUCCUGGACAAGAUCAAGGGAGAUUUUAACAUCGACAAGCGAGACAGGUGUGUACAACUACCCUGGUCUACUGGCGAACAGAGUCCAGCAGUUUGGGCGGAUCUCAUCGGCAAAAUAAAGGAUGGACUCCUUGCUGCAUUUGAUACAGCCGUACUAGCAAGAGAGGAGGAAGUGAAACGUUCCGAAGGCCAGCGUCACAUGCCAGGAUGGAACUUUUGUACGUAUUUUGUCUUAAAGGUGGGUUGCCUAUGUUGCAUACUUGCUAACCUUGCAUCGUCUUUCGAAGGUGUCAACCUGUUCGAAGACGCAUUGCAACAAUACAACGAGCUUGAGGCUACCUUCAUGAACGUUCUGGGAGAGAAGAAUAUGUCUUGGUUCGGAAAUCUGAUCAAUCCAGCGCCCAAGGACGACUCAUUACCCCUUCUCUCUCCUUCUAAGAAAUCUUACCGAGAGCUCAUUCUUGCGAACACCAUAUCGAUUUUCGAUCUCCGAGUGUACUUACUCGCAAGGCAGAGCAUGUUGUUAAACAAAAUGCAACAGCCAAUUGAAAUCUGUCGAAAGGCAAUACUCUUUUUGAGCACGUUUGGAAAACGGCUCCGUGAGGUUGAGAUGGCGCUACCCGAAUAUUUCGUUGAGUCUUGGAUAUUUUCUUCCGCACUUAGUGUCGUGGACCAGUGUGGUGCAUGGGCUUCUUCUUGGCUCGAGCUAGAGGGAAUCGCGCUUGCACGCUAUAAUGCAAUUAAAGGCGAACUUCUUGAGCUUGCAAAAAGCCAACUUGACAUCCUCGGUGUCAAAGUCGGACAUCUUCCACCAAAGCCCCCAUUUUUGAUGGCUUUACAAACCGUCUCGACAACUCCCAGCUCGCCGUUGCCAGAGAGAAACCCAUCACAGCGGAUUAGCAAGUACGAAAUCAUGCUUGCCAUAGGGGAUAUCGAAGCAUUCUAUGAUCUCUAUUGUACCAUCUCAAAUCGGGCAAUUGACGCAUAUGUGAAAGCUGGGCGACGGAAGUUUGCAUUGAAAUUACAUGGUUGUCUUGCUGCUCUUGACAAUCAUCGUGGGCGGCUGUCCAAUGCACUGGCUAUAUUUUCAUCGCUCCCCGCACAUUAUGCCCCCCACAUGUGGACUUCUCUGGAAUCAUUUAUGCUCUCUCGUGCAAUCGAUACGCACGCCGUACUCCAGAAGCCGCGGGAUCAAGAAUGGAUUCAUCUUUUGCUCGGGUUUCUGAAGACUUAUGUGAACGAGCCCACUUCGGAAUCGCUUACAUCCCAUGACAUCAACGAAUAUGUGACUAAGUUAGUGACGGCCUUGCGAGAGGCCUCAGAGAAGCUAGAUUCAGACCUCCCUCAUCUGGACCAUCCCAUUAUGGCUCUGGAGAUUACCAAGGACACGCGAUGCAGUCAGGAUGAGGAUUUGGUGUAUUUGACGGUAUUAAUCCACAAUCGUUUACCUUGUGAUGUUCACGUGGACAAAAUUGGCGUGGUGCUCGUCGGUGAAGAUACAACCCGCUUAAAAUUCACCGCCGAGUUCACGAAGCUAGUAUCAGGAAGGAAUUACUUGGUCUUGACAUGUCCGACGUCAUCACAUGGUACAUACGUACAUGAGAGUGUUGAAAUCCGAAUAGCUCGCCUCCACUUCCAGUGGAACCGCAAAAGUGGUGGUGGUGCAGGCGACGCCUUGACAUCUCGAAAACAUGCCAUACCGGUGCAUUUACCACGUAAUCCUGAGAGUUUAGAUGUCCAGCUUUGCCUACCUCCCAAUACUGCACUGGGAACAACUCCAAAAUUACACUUGACAAUCUCUUCUGGGCGGAAUGAUCUUGCGACUGCAAGUGUACGACUGUCGGCCCCCGCAGGAAUCACUUUCGCCUUCGUAAAUUCCGAAUUACAUUCCGAGGGGGAAAUUGAUACAUCAGAGGAUGGUAUCAGCAUUUUCAAUGUGCCCUCCAACUCCAAUGUGAUAAUCUCCGUGCCCCAUUCCGAUGCAACGCGUUUCCGUGCAAUCAAAAUUGACGUUAGCAUCACGUAUAAGACGGUUCGGGAUCCAGCACUGGAACGGACAUUGCGAACGUCUAGGAUCGUCACUGUCGCUCUCCCGAUUGCCGUAAAUGUGGAGGAUUUUUUUCGUGGAGAAAGGCAAGUCAUCCCUGGACUAGAUAGCAGCGUCAAGCUCAGAACUAUGUUCGUUACCAGACUCUUCUCGAGAUUCACGAUCUCAACAACUACCCAGCAACAUGUUCGGAUCUCAUCGGCAAGGCUACUUUCAGCGCCUGACGCUGAACAAGGUGCCAAAAUAUUGGGAUGUCAUCCUAGUCAUUCUGUCAUGACGGCUGUUCCCGACCGCCCAGUCAGCUACAUAUUUUGCAUAGAGUCGGACCGCGGUCCAGUUUCAGACCCGUUAAAACUUGUCAUUUCUUAUCGUCUGCUACGAGAAGAGGUAGAGGCUUUGGUGAAUAAAGCCGUGGAGGACGCCCUUCGUCAACUGUCGCAAGAAUCUGACGUUGGUACCAAAUUGGUACAGGCCAUCAUAGAAUAUCUGGAAUGCGAUGCUUCCUGGGUGGAGUUGUACAACACCACGGGUGAACUCAUAAUACCCAGUUCACUCGAUGUAGGUGAGGAGUUAGAAGAGGCAUUCUCCUCCGUGCAGAAGAUAUUGUCCCAGCCCAACCCACCAUCGCCAUCCCUCGGUCCCUGGCGAGAGAUGACUAUACCCGUUGAUGUACCCAAAAUGAAUAUUGUCGCAGACGCCUGGAUAGCAAUCCAGCCUCCUCCACAAGCCGAGGAAUUGCCGCGCAGCCAACUUCCAUCGAUUUACGCUGGGCAGGCACUUUCAGCCACGGUUUACAUCACAGCAUCUUUGCACUGGAAUGACCCAGAAAACAAACGGCAACGAUAUCGAAUGCGCUAUGAUGUUGAAGAGCGUACCAAAGACUGGCUUAUAUGCGGCAGAAAGCGAGGUGAUUUCCUCGUUCAGGACAAGAGCACAUUUAGCGUCUGCUUGACUUUGAUUGCGCUACAUCACGGACACAUUGAGCUUCCAAAGGUUGAAGUGAAGCCGCUGCCCUUAGAUGGGGAAGAGGACGUGCCAAGAGUCCUUCCUAGCAGUGACACUCACCAGUCCCAUGGCGCUGAAACAGUGCUGGUUUUACCGAGGGGAGGCAGGAGCACGUUUAUAGUCAGUAUGGGAACCAAGAGGGUAUAA